AUGGCCUGCAGCCACAGAGUGCCUGCCAUCACCAAGCAGCCAGUUGUGGAGCUCCACUUUGAGUGGACAAAGAACAAGCUGCUGCCCCCCACCCCCACAUUAUCAGAUGGAGAGAAAGCACUUCAGAAAAUAGAGGACAGACUUCUAAACAACUCUUUGGGGUCCCCAGUUCAAGCCGAAGUGUAUUUUCCACGACUGAUUGUCCCUUUCUGCGGGCACAUCAAAGGAGGAAUGAGGCCAGGCAAGAAAGUCGUGGUAAUGGGCAUCGUGGAUCUCAACCCAGAGAGUUUUGACAUCAGUCUUACAUGUGGAGAUUCAGAAGAUCCUCCUGCGGAUAUAGCAAUCGAACUGAAAGCCAUAUUUUCAGAUAAACAGUUCCUCAGGAAUUCCUGCAUAUCUGGAGAACGGGGAGAAGAACAGUCAUCUCUUCCAUAUUUCCCAUUUAUCCCUGACCAACCCUUCAGGGUUGAAAUAUUGUGUGAGCACCCUCGUUUUAGAAUAUUUGUGGAUGGACACCAGCUUUUUGAUUUUUACCAUCGCAUUGAGAAGUUAUCAGCUAUUGAUACAAUAAAGAUAAAUGGAGACCUCCAGCUUACUAAACUUGGUUGACCUAGGUUUUUCAAAUUAUUAUUAAAAAGAAAAAAAAAAACAAAGAUAACCAAAAUUGUAGAUUCCAAAUUGGCUUGGGUGCUGUUAGCCUCUGUCUGAAGAAGCAAUGAGAAUUUCGUUUGGGACACCUACCUACCAGACAGGGAUCAUCAUUUUCUUCUUCUCAGCAGCAGAGGACAUGUUGAUGAAUUGAACUAUUGUUUAUUUGAAUGAAGAAAGCACUUAAUGAUAAAUAGAUACUGAGCCGUCCUUCUUUUUUGGAACUAAAAAGCCUACCCCUGCUGGAUAAUGACAUUAUAAUGGAUCUUGAAAGAGUUACUUCAUUGUCUAAACUGCAUAAGCUAUUCAUCUUCCCAAUAAGAGGGCAGGUUUUGGAACCAACUUCUAAAUCUAUUACAGCAAGGACUUUUUAUUUUUUUUGCAGAUCAUCAUCAUCAUCAUCAUCAUAAAAAAAUUCUCCUGCACUUAAGUGGAUUAAUAUAAGUGUAACACCAAUCACAAAAGCAGGCCAGAUAUGGAAGCCAUUAUUCAAUGUCUACAGUUGGUUUUAUUCAGACCAAUAGCAAAGGUCCCAUAGAUGUUAAUGGUGCAGGGUUAGUUGGACUCUGUGGCAGUGGUCUAGCACAUGCUCAGCCCCUUCACCCCACAAAAUCAAGGGAAUGCAAGUAUCCAAAAUAACACAGGACUGUGGCCAGUUGAAUUGCCAAGGAAAAGGUAGAAACUGAGCAAUGGCUUCUAGAUUUAGCCUGCAUAUUUUAGUCAGGGUAUGUGUAUAGAAGGUAGGUCAUUACAUGUUUUGCACAAUGUACUAUUAAUACAAUCUUUAAGAGCUUUCCUCUAGUUUAUUUAUUGCUACUCAUUGUGUUAAUGUAUUAACAGAAAAAGUGAACAAUAUUAUUGAAGCUGAAGAGCAGCAAAGUAUAAGCAUUCUGCAUAUACAAUGUUACGGUAACAUAUCAUUUUGGAAAUACCUGCUGUUUUAUCUUAAGAUGGUUGGGGAUAUUUUUGCAGUGCUCUCACAAUGUCACAAAAGCUUAUCGGUCAUGUUUUCACCAGAACUUGCUUUCAGUAUGUUGUAAUUUUGCUGUAAAUGGUAGCUCAGAAUUCACUGUUGUUUAGGAGCUCCCCUUCCCUCAGUUAAUAAGGCUUACUCAGUUAAUAAGGAUUGGGAUAUGCAUAGACUGCAGUUCCAUUAAACUCAUUACCCAGGAGUAAGCCCCCUUCUGGGCAAUGAAAUUGAUUUCUGAGUAAACACUGUAAGAUAGCACUGUUUGAGCUUGAGAAUACCUUGCAUUUUUGCAAACCAGUGCCCUUGAUGGCUGGUGUCCUCGUUGGGGAAGGGGAUGAAAUUCUCAGCUCAUCUAAGGACAAAAAUUUAGCCCUUAUAAAUGGCCUAAUUUAUAAUUUAAUCUAAUUUUCCUAAUGUAGGAAUGUUGGAUAUUUACAAUAGUACUUUUUAGUGAUGGGCAUAACUGCGUUAUCACUGUAAUUAUAUUGCAGAAUGAAUGAGUGAAUGCAGUGAUUUUUUUCCCUUGGUUCUUUAGGAAUCAGUGCAAUUUAUACACCUUGGACCAUAUUCACAGUGAACAGCAAAGGAUUUAUUUGAGUGUUAUAGUGUGAAGAAAAAUGUGUAUUUGCAUUAUUUUUAGAACUUGUAUUAUAGGUACUUUUAAAGACAUUUAUUAUGGAGACUUUUGUAGUAUAACUUUUUUUAAAGGCAAAAAAGGAACAAAAUAAUUUAUGCUUCAAUCAUAAAGGAGGUCUGUUUCAAUCAAUCAGAACAGGAACCUUCUUAUUUAAGAUUAGAUACAGUAGUUUUAUUAUGCACUCCCCAAGCGUCAGCUCAUCUUAUCUGAUCUUUGAGUUUACAUCUAACACAUUUAAUGAAGUGGAGGCAUGAAUUUGUCUCUUAGACAGGAAAUCUGUAAAAUAGACAUGGCUGCCGUUAUGUGGCCCCAGAAAGUCAUUGGUUACAUGCAAACCCUCUGUGUUGGCUUACAGUGAUGUACUGUGUUGCAGAAGUGAUCAACCUAGAUAGUUUGAAGUUUAAAAAAUAAUGGAACCACAUCAUCCCCAGUCUGUUUGUGUGGUCUUCUAAGUGCAGUAGCAUCACCCGGUGGCAUUCUGCAGCACAAAAUAGCUGUAGCUGGUGAAAAAUUGCUUGAGAAAGUGAGGAAUAGUUGCUUCCUUGUCUUUAAGAGGUACAAAAGGGAUCCAAAAGAUUUCUUCAGGGUUCACUACAGCCAAAAGGAGCACCACAAAGUAACUAAAACCACAGUUCUUCACCCAUUUACUAGGGAGUUAAUUUCCCUUAAUAUCAGUGAAACCUUUUUGUUAAAAUGUGUUAUGAGACUGUAGCCCUAAUUCACUGAAGGCUGUAGGACUUAUUUCUGCACAAACAUCUUAUGCACAUUUAAGACAGCUCCAUUAUACUUGAUGAUACUAAUUUUCAAAUAAUCUUGAAUAGAAACAGAAUAUGACAUGUUUCAAUCUUAAGUAUGCCUGAGAGUAGAUCUGAUUGUUUUUUAAAAAGGUGGGGAAGAGGAGCUACUCUAGGAUUGGGAAGCAUGUUAAAGUCACAAUAUAGUUAAAUAUUAAACCUAUUUCUUUAGUCAAAGAAUAUAUAAUAUUGUUAAAAUAGCAUAUUACUUCUGAAUUAAUAUAAUAAUUUGCAGACAUCUGCACAUUCUUUGAGUAAUUCACCCAUAGCAUGCUUCUUUAACUGAAUACUGCACAUCAGGGUGAAAACCUAUAACUUUCUGGUUUUAAGCAUGCGAAUUUUCACUUUGAAAUAAAUAGUCAGAUCAUAUAACAGAAUCCCACUUGCUCUAUGUGUAGAUCCUCCAGACCU